AUGAUACCGCCACGAAUUGUUCCAUGGAGAGAUUAUGCUGAACUAGAGGAACUAAAAGUUUGGUUUUACCCAAGAAGCAAAGGCACUAUGGAAGAUAAGCGACAGCGCGCUGUCCAAAGAGUACAGAGCUACCGUCUUAAAGGUUCACAAUAUUUACCUCAUGUAGUGGACUCUACGGCGCAAAUAACAUGUGCUGUACUGCUAGACGAAAAAGAAACGUGUUCGAGAGUGCAUCAGGAUUCUGUUCCUAUCCGGUUAUCGUAUGUAAUGGCUUUGAUUCGGUUUGUCAAUGGUUUAUUGGAUCCAACGCAACAGUCUCAAUUUGCUAUUCCCCUACACACAUUAGCUGCCAAGGUUGGACUACCGUCCUGGUUUGUGGACUUGAGACACUGGGGUACGCAUGAGAGAGAUUUGCCUGGAUUAGAAAUGCUUCGUUGGGCUGCCAAUGAAGCGCUGUCUUGGCUAUAUAACCACUACUGGAAUGAUGAGGAAUUAGAAGAUGACAAGGAUGAUUCAGAUGAUAACGAUACUGGCUACGGGUACGGAAGAAAUGACAAACUGGAGAGGUAUAUGGAGUCACUAACUAAAACACUUGAUAAGUGGAAGCGACUUAGAAAUGAGUUUCUAGAACACAAGUGGGUGUGGGAGAAUGCAAGCGAUAGUUUAAUCACAAGUAGUAACUUUUCUGGGGAUGAUUUGGUGAAUUACGAUGCUGGAAAAAAAAAGGGAUCACACGCAUGUUCAUCAGAAACUAUGAUCAGAGAAAAUUUGGGUCAAUGGCAAGAACUUUGGAAAUUAUCCAUUUAUCACAAUGCAUUCCUCGAGAAAUUUUUCAGCAAUUAUGACCCCCUUUUGCUCAAAGUGUUAAUGCUCAAUUUGAACAAUUUUGACUGGAAGAUACUUGAGUGGGUAGCUAGGAAUUACAGAACCCAACAAGAGGGUAGCAACACAACAACAACCUUGAAAAAGAAAUUUAACGUCUGGAAAGAACUGCAGAAAAGACUGCUAGAUGUUUUAAUAAAUAAUCUUAACAACAAAAACGUUAAAAACAAGUGGCAAAAUUGGGAGAAACUCAUCGAUGAAAAUGCGUCAUACCUGAUAUUAUAUUUUUGCCAAUCUAUGCUAGCUAAACUAGAGACUGAAAAGGUUGGGGGGAAUUCAUGGAGAAACAAAAAACGCAAGAGACAAGUUGAUAGCACAAUGGAAAUCGAGACGAAACUGAAGGAAAACAUAGAAAAUUUAUCACUGAGGUUUAAUGAAGGUGAAAUAAAGCUUUAUGAUCUUAUUCCUGCAGAGAAAGAUCCCCUUCCAAUGGGGAAGGAAGCCAGUCCCACUUUGAAGGCUGAUACCAAUGAUAUACUAGGCGAUUUGGCGUCUUUGAAACGGAGAAUGAGCAGUUCCGGUAGAGUGAGUAAAAAAAAUAAGGAAGAGGAGGACGAAGAUACGCUUAUAAAAAAUUGGUCAAGGGCACAAAAUUGGGAGUCUAAACCCUUCGGUGUCUUGUAA